AUGGCUGCCAACGCUACCGCACACUUCGUCAAGAUGGCGUCGCGCACGCCACCUCUGUUCCUCGAAUGGCACACACCCACCGGCCAGGCAGUAUGUGCCGCCGGCGCGGGCCUCAUGUCCCACUGGGCUUACUUCUACCACGGGGAGCACCACAACCAGGGCAUGACCAUCAGCAAGUUCUACACCCUCCUCCUGCUGGUCACCCCCUUGCUGCUAUGGCACUACCUGCAACUCCCCGUGCUCGCAGCCGUAGUACGGGCGGUCAUGCUGGCAUUCUCCUACGCAGCCGGCCUCUUCGGCAGCAUGGCCGUCUACCGCUCCGUCUUCAGUCCCCUCCGCAAGUUCGAUGGCCCCUUCCUGGCCCGGUUCACCAACCUCUGGCACAGCUGGCAGAACACGUACAAGAGCGAUAACUACCGCCUCAUGACCAAGCUGCACAACCAGUACGGCGACAUCGUCCGCACGGGUCCUCACAACCUGUCCGUUAACGUGCCCGAGGCCGUCCAGAUCGUGCUGGGCUCCAAGUCCAAGUGUGAAAAGUCCCCCUGGUACGACACCUCGCUGCCCCUCGUGAACCUGCACUCGACGCGCGACAAGAAGCUACACGAGCUGCGCCGCAAGGUCUUUAACAAGGCCUUCAGCCCGGCGGCUCUGGUCGCCUACGAGGAGCGCAUCACCCUCCUGUCGCAGCAAUUUUGCGACCAGGUGGCCAAGUUCCGCGGCAAGGCCUUCAACGCUACUCACUGGUUCAAGUACUUCGCCUUCGAUGUCAUGGGCGAGAUCGGUCUCGGAGAAUCCUUCCACAUGCUCGAAAAGGAAGACAACAGACACAUCCCCGGCCUCGUGAUGGGCGGCAUGGCCGACAUCGCCUGGCUGCAGCCCAUCCCCUGGAGCACGCAUAUCGUGCACCGCCUCCCCUUCCUCGCUAAGGGGCCUAAGGUCUUCAUCAAGUUCGUCGAGGACCAGGCCGCCAAGCGAAGGGCGCGGGGCGCCACCAAGCCCGAUAUCCUGGCCAACCUGCUCGAGACAUACGAGAAGAGCGCCAAGGGCUUUCAGGACUACCAGUGGUUGAGGGGUGACACCCGGCUCACCAUCGUGGGCGGAAGUGACACCACUGCUUCCUCUCUCUCCUUCAUCUUCUACUACCUAGCCAAAUACCCCGAAGAAGUGCGGAAGCUCCGCGCCGAAUUCCAACCCCUCCUCGCCGCCUCGGGCAAACACCACCUCGACGUAAAAGACGUAUCCAAAGCCGUCCACCUCAACGGCGUGAUCCACGAGUCCCUGCGCCUCAACCCCCCAAUCCCCUCCGGCUACCCGCGAGUCACGCCCCCCGAGGGCAUAACCGUCGCGGGAACCUACAUCCCCGGCAACACCACCGUGGUCAUCCCCCUGCGAACAAUGGGUCACUCCGAGUCCUGCUACGCCCGGGCCGAGGAGUUCAUCCCGGAGCGGUGGUACAGCCAGCCCGACCUGAUCAAGCACAAGGACGCUUUCGCGGCGUUCGGGGUCGGACAUUACGGCUGUAUCGGACGGGUGCUGAGUCUGGUCGAGAUGAGGAAUCUGAUUGUCAAGAUUCUAAGCAACGGACCAUGCAAGUACUGCGCAUCCACAGGCGCAACAUGUUCCACCAGCGUGCGCCUCCAGAGGCGGCCGUACUACCACGUCUCAGAAGAGGAAUACCAGUGCUGCAUGCGCCUGCUCCGCCACUUCGUGCCCAACACCACGCUCGACCUCAAGACCAUGAAGGCCAUGAUCGCUGAGAUAGACCAGCAGGAGCACCAGCAGGGCGGUCCCACCUCGCCCACCCAACGACAGCAACAAGGCAGUAGUACCGCCGGUGCAGUCGGGGGUGCAUCCGUAUCAUCAGGUGACUCCACGCCGCCCAUCGAGACGGAGGAGAGCGAAGUCCUCCAGGAAGAGCUAGGCUGCAUGAUUAUCGACGCAAGAGGAAGCUAUAGAUACGUCGGCGCCGACUCCUCCGUCCGCUUCGCCAACGCCAUCUCCCAAGCCCCCCACCACCAGCCCCGCCGCCGCAAGAACGAUCCCGCCCUUAUGGUCCCACACGUACGAUCCCGCCUCCCGCCCGCAACCCCGGAGUCAGUCCACGGCUCCCCAGACAAGGGCGGCACCCCCAAAACCUACAACCAACUCUCCGGCCUCUCCAGCCUUAAUAAAAUCUACCUUCCCGAUCGCUCCGUCUGCCAGCAGUACGCCAUGCGCUUCUUCGACGAAAUCCAAAGCAUCUACUGGUUCUACUCCCCCGAGCAAUUCUUCACCUUAGUAGACCGCACCUACGCCGACGGGGGGUCCUCCGCGUCCGCAUCCUGGCUCUGCAGUCUGUAUUGCAUCUUCGCCAUCUGCUCCGCCCGCGAAGAAGGACCGGGGCCCUGCCCCCCCUCCCUCUCUGACUCUUCGAGCAGGCGGAGCAGCGAGUACCUAGCCUUGGCCAAGAGUCUCGGAGUCCAAGUCUGCGACGAAGCCGACACCGACGCCGUCGGGGCCCUGGCCCUCACGUCUCUAGCCCUCCACUCCUCGUGCUACACGGUGACCGCCUACCUCAUCGUCGGCAUGACGGUGCGCAUGGCCUACUCUUUAGGCUUACACCGGGAUAUAUCUCCCAGGGGGCAAGACUCCGUCUCCCGCGCCCGGCUGCACAGACUCUGGUGGACGGUAUACCUCCUCGACCAGGAGAUAGCGGUACAGCUCGGCUACCCCUGCGCCAUCGUCGACGACGCGGCUUGUAUCCGCACCCCGGCGGCGUGCGAGAGCAUCCUCGACCCCGGACGGCCCACGCCCCACGGGUACCAGGCCGUUUGCGUCGAGCUGGUGAAGGUGAAGAAGAAGAUCAGCCAUACCCUGUACGUAGCCCCCGCGUUAGGGACGAGGAAGGUGCCCUUCUCGGCCGUGACGGGCUGUAUAGGCGACCUGCGGGAUUGGCUGGCCAAACUGCCUCCCCACCUGUGUUGGAGCAGUGGUAUGUCGCCGAGUCAUAGGCGGGCGGUGGCGGUGUUGCAUUUGCGGUACUGGACUACGCUUAUCCAUGUCCAACGGCCGUUUUUGCUCUAUGCGGUUACGAGGGGGGCGGAGCUGGAGGGGAAUAAGAAGCGGUGGUACGAGGAGCUGUCAGGACUGUGUCUCGAGGCGGCGGAGAAGAGCGUGGCAAUUGUGGCGAGGAUGAGGGAGUCUGGGCUUUUGAGUAGCCUGGUGUUGUUUGAUACCCAGGUGUUGCAGGAUUUGGUGCAGGUGCUGCUGUUGGGGAAGGAGUGGGAGGGUUACCAGAGGAGGGCGUUCUGUGGGGAGGCGCUGGAGACGUGCAUGGCUACGCUGGAGGGUAUGGAGAGCGUGGGGUGGUGCGAGAAGAUAUUGCCGGAGUUGGAGGCGACGGUGGCUGCGAGGACGGCGCUGAGGGGGCAGAUGGAGGAAGGAACGGAGGGGGAGCAGACUGGUAUUUUUUAUGAUGGGGGUGGUGGUGGUGGUGGCGGUGGGUCGUUCGUUGCUGGGACUACGACGUGGAGUGGGACGACGGCACAGGGUUUUACGCCCGUGGCAGAUAGGAUGGGCGAUGCGUUCUUUGAUACUUUUCAGGACUUUGAGUACAACAUCGACGCACAGCUGGACGUCUUCGACACGCUGGACCUCGACAUGGGCACGUAUGUGCAAGACGGCUUAUAUUUCUAA